UAUACAUUUUACCCCCUCCCAUUUGAGCGAUCAUCUCUCUUUCUCUUUCUCUCUCUCUCUGAAAUGCAUAAACCAACCAACUCAUCCCCGGAACACCCGUCACUCCGCCACCGGUAACCAAACACAAAAUGGGUAAGGCAUCCAAAUUCUUCAAAUCACUUUUCAGUUUCAAAGCCUCCGACACCACCCACCACCAACCACCCUCUCGUCCAGACCUCAAUAAACAACCCAAACGACGCUGGAGCUUCAUUAAAUCAAACAAAGACCAACUCCACCACCAUUUCUCCGACACCGACACUUUCAACCCACCACUCUCCCGCCCACGCGACACCCCACUUCACCAUCAAUCUUACUACCAAACAGCCGGAGACGGCGAAAAAACACGUACAACCAGUCAUGCCAUAGCCGUUGAUGCCGACACAGCCGCAGUAGCUGACGCCGCCGUAUUUUCAGCCCAUCCCGCGGCGGAGGUGGUACGGAUGACAACCAGAGCCACCGCCCGUCACGGCCUUCGCGGGGAAUGGGCCGCCCUUAAAAUCCAGACUUACUUCCGAGGUUACCUGGCGAGGAAAGCUUUAAGAGCAUUGAAAGCGUUAGUGAAGCUUCAGGCACUUGUGAGAGGUCAUAUCUUAAGGAAGCAAGCGGCGGUUGAUUUCCGGCGGUUGCAAGCUCUGCUACGAGUUCAGGCACGGGCUCGUGCAGGGCGGUUUCCCAUCACCGAUUCACCUCACUCCUCCGCCAAGGGUCCUCCGACUCCUGAAAAAUUUGAGCAUGUCGUUCGAACAAGAACAAAACACGAUCAACCAUCGAUACUAAAGAAUAAUGUUUACAAAUCUUACUCCGAAGAAAGAAUCCUUGAAAUGGACACCGUGAAACACCACCUUCUGCCACCUAGACGCCGGAGCCUCUUCCACAGUCAAAGUCAAAGUCUGACAAAUUCUCAAGGGUCAACAAUCCACCCAUCCGGUUUCGGUUUCAGCCCGAGUGGAUCAUGUGAAGUUAAUUCCAUAACUACCCCUUUCGAGGAAGAAGUUUCUUUCUGUAUUCCCCAAAAUAGCCCUACAAUUUGUUCAAAAGGCAACGGGUCGAUGAAGGUGGGCCCGUUUACACCGGCUAAAAGUGAUAGUUCAAGGAGCUGUCUUAGUGGCUACUCGGACCACCCGAACUACAUGGCAUACACCAAGUCAUCACGGGCUAAGGUUCGGUCGGUGAGCGCACCAAGACAAAGGCCUCAGAUUGAGGUUUCUAAUACCAUGAAGAGGUAUUCGGUGUAUGGUUAUGUUGCGGGCCCAGGUUUGGGACCGGGCCCGCAACACAGUUCAAAUCUGAGGGAUAGUUUUGUGAGCAAAGCAUAUCCGGGUUCGGGUCGGCUUGAUCGGCUUGGGAUGCCGGUUGGGGGUUUAGGUAUUCGUGAGAGUGAGUUUAGUGGUAGUUAUUGGAACUAUUAAACUUAAAUGUGUGGGUGGUUAGUGUGAAGUUUUUCUAAUGUAGUGGGACUUUAUGACUUAUGAGAAGGUAGAUUAUAUAUGUAAGU